UGAGUUUGGUCCUGGGCCCAUGGACGAUUCGGUGUUGAGGUUUAUAAAAACACAUCGAGCGUGCGCUGUUUGGGAAGGCAAGGAUCCAGGGCCACUGAAAUGCCGCGGUCAUAAUGACGAGUUCCGAAAACGACGCCGGAUAGUGGUGGAUGAUCGUAUCGUCGACAUUGUGAAGAGAGUUGGAUUAGAGGGGCUGUAUAGGACCCCAGGUAGAGAGAUUGAUCAUAACCUGAUCACGGCCUUCGUUGAGCGAUGGCGGCCUGAAACCCACACCUUCCACCUGCCACAUGGUGAGACAACGAUCACAUUACAAGAUGUGGAGGUUCUUUUCGGAAUUCCAAUCGAUGGUGAGGCAAUUGUUGGAACAACUGACUUGACAUGGAAAGAUGAAUGUCAGAGUCUGCUUGGAAUUGCUACUAAUGACACCACGCUUAAAGGACAAAGGAUUCAAAUAAAGAAGCUACUAGAAAAAAUUGACGAAGGGUUGCCCGAUGAUGCAACAGAGGUGGUUGUGCAUCAAUAUGCACGGUGCUAUAUCCUAGCACUACUGGCAGACACAAUUUUCGCCGACAAGUCUGGUGAUAGGGUGCAUACGAUGUGGUUGCAGAUGCUGAGGGACCUUCGAAAUCCACCUCAGUACAGUUGGGGGAGCGCUUGCCUUGCAUGGCUGUACAGAGAGUUAUGCAGGGCAACCGACAGAGGUGCUAGUCAGAUUGGUGGGGCCUUGUUGCUAGUUCAGUAUUGGGCAUGGGUCAGAUUCCCUUUUUUGUGCCCAAGGAUGGACCUCCCACCAGAUGGUGCAUAUGGCCCACCAUUUGCACCUUCUCCAUUGUCUAUUAAGACUGUGUGGGUUGUGAGCACCUUGAAUAGCCCCGCUGAAAUCUGUCUGGUCCGGUACCGUCAGCUUUUAGAUUGUAUGCAUCCAAAGCAGGUGGUGUGGCAACCAUAUGAAGCUGAAUUAGCCCACCUGCCUGCGUUUUGUGUCGCCGGAAGGGAUGUAUGGACGGCGAGGGUACCGCUUGUAUGUUUCUGGCUAGUAGAGAAACAUACACCGGACCGUGUUGUUCGUCAGUUUGGGAUGGUACAAGAACCCCCCCUAUAUGUUGAUACUGACGAAGCCCUUCAUGCCAUAGACCUGAGGGGGAAGAUGGAGGUGAAUUGGAGGGACAGACAUUAUGGCCAUAUCCGAGUAUGGAAUACUCGAGCACGAUCUCUAUGUCCUGGAGCACGACUAGAGGGUGAUAUGUCGCCUGCUCAUCCAUACUUCGAUUGGUACGAUAGGGUGACUUGGAGGUUCGUCGACCACACUUUGGCUUCACUUAUUAUUAUGGUUGCCAGUCACAAGAAGUUGUUGAAACUUUAUACAGUAGGCAGUUCUGAGUACAAGCAUAUUUCAGCUGUACUUAAGACAGUGGAACGCCUUCACCGUAUAACUGCUCGACUUCCGUUGGAAGAUAUCGAUGGGGCAAAUCCAGAAGCGCCAGAAGAUGCUGGACGACCAAGUACGAGCUCAACUCGUGCCAGCCAUAGCCAUGGUCAGCGUGCUGCAUCCCAUCAGGUUGUCAGUAGGGCAGAUCUCCUUCCACCCCCACGUGCAUCUCCUGCCCCAGAGUUCCCUCCACCUCCACAUGCAUCUCCUUCCCCAGAGAUCCCUCCACAUACUGCUCAUGCAGUUUCUGACCUAGAGAUCUCUCUACCCACUGCUCAUGCAUCUUUUCACCCCGAGAUCCCUUCACACACCUCACAUAUAUUUUUUGAUCCUGCUCAUCUUUCAUUUACUCCACCAUCCUUUGAUCUCGGCCCUGAUUUCAGUCAAACCCCUCCUGUCAUGCACACGCAAUCCCCAUCGUACAGCAUUGGUCAUAUAGACCAUGUACCGCCCCAUAGUCACUCCAUGUCAUUCAUGCCCACUCCUAGACUGCAUAUAGAUCCCAUGAGUACGGGCACUCACAUUUCAUUUGCUACACCCUCCUCCCCCGCAGUUGUAGGAUCUUCAGUUGUUGGGAGUCAAGCAAAACAGCCAGCUGUGCAUGUUGAGAAUGAGCAGGUUGUUGGGUUACAGUCACCCCUACCAGGUCGACCUAAACGUACAAUAAAAGCACCUCCUUGUGGGACAGGUGGUCACAAAGCAGGACACAACACUGGCCCCACGCAACGUGAGGAGCCUCACGAAGGAGAUGCAGUACCCCCUCCCCCACAUACCAGACACUAUACGAGACAGCAUAAGCGUAAAAUGCAUUAGGAUUAGCAUCCCAUAGAGUGAGUGGUAAUUCAGUUGCUGAGAUCACCAAUGGAGAAGCUUAUACCAGUGGAAAGUCAGACAAUGAAGUCCCAACAUCCCGAGUCUUUCCUAAUACAAGAUCAGCGGAUAAAUUUUAACUUAAAUAGGCAUGCUGUGGGAGCAGGCAGAGCAUCCAGUCAUUCCUUGGCUUUGAACGCACAGCCAGCAUCUUAUUCUGAAGAAGGCAACAAAAUUAAUAUGAUGGGCACUCAGUAUGAGAGUAGUCUCUUCUCAAGUUCACUGUCAGAUUUAUUUAGUAGGAAGUGUAAGUCUUCUUUGCCCUUCACUGCUUCUAGGUUUGCACAUGGCUAUUUGCUGGUACCGGCUUAUAUGCCUGAACUUUAAACGCACAACUAACAUCAAUGAAUUCUAGAUUUGGUUUCUAGUCUGUACUUUUACUGAGUCUAUACACUUUAGUUUGAUAUGAAUUUUCUUAAU